AUGCCUAAAAUAAAAUCAACUUUAGGAAGUAAAAUUUCGAAUUGGAUUGCUCUUUACAAUGAAAACAAAGAAGUAUUUUCAUCAGACGGAAAGGUUACAUAUUGUCUCGUAUGUAACAAAUCUGUGUCUACUGAAAAUCAAUUUCUAUUGGAUCGUCAUUCCAAAACAAGUGAGUUUUGUAUUUUAUGCUCAUACUACACGUAUUAUACUACAUAUUAUUUCAAAAAUACGCGUAUAUUUUUUUUAGUUCAACACAUAAAUGCAUUACAGAGAAAUAAAGAAAAAAACAGCUUUUGA